AUGGCCGAUUCGCGGACAAGCAGCUUUUCCUCGGCUUCACGCAAGGAACAUGACGAUCACCACCAACACCACCGACUCUCGUUUCCCGGCAUGCACUUCGGCCGCUCAACCAAAGAGCCACCCAGCUUUUCCCCGGCAGCGCUCUAUUGGAAGCUCGAGUCGCCGCCUCUUGUCAUGUAUGGCGACCACCAAACCAGCAGUGGUACGCUGCUCUCGGGGCAGCUGUUUCUGAAUGUCAAGGAAGAGGACCUGGAGGUUGCGUCGCUGGAUGCCACCCUCAGCAUCCGCGUUACCCAAAAGAGGCCGUUUGCGAACCACUGCGUUGACUGUACAACGCAGCGUACGGAGCUGAAGCGGUGGGAAUUACUUCAACAUCCGCUAGUUAUGGCCAAAGGCGAACACUCAUUCCCCUUCUCCGUGUUGCUAGAAGGGCAUCUUCCGUCCAGCAUGGAAGGCCCAUUGGUCUCGAUUUCGUACGAGUUCAAGGCCGAGGCUGUCCCCAGAGCUGAUCUCAGCCCGCUGGCGCCCAUCAAGUUCGAAAAGACAGUCGACGUCAGGCGCAGCCUCCCGACUUCCGAGGCGCCGCACCACUCUGUCCGCGUCUUCCCUCCGACGAAUAUCAAGGCCAGCGCAUACUAUCCCCACGUGAUCCACCCAAUCGGCAGCUACGUUCUCGCGCUCCGCCUGGAUGGCAUCGCAAAACUAAACACGAAGGUCAACACGAUCGAAUACUGGAAGUUGAAGAAGCUCACAUGGAAGCUUGAAGAGACGACAAGAACGAUUGCACCGGCCUGUGAGCGGCACAGCCCGAGGCUGGGCGGGGCUGCAGAGGAGCAGCAGAGCAAGAAAGGCGUCAUUCGCUCGGAGAGCCGCAUCAUCGGGGAGAAGACGCUUUUCUCGGGAUGGAAGAGCAACUACACAAACGCCACAGACAGCCUUGUCGAGCUUGAGCUGGACUACAGCUUGGCAAAGAAUGCCAAAUACGCGUGUGACAGCAAGAGCCGUGACGGGACCGAGGUGACUCAUCAACUGGUGGUCGAGAUGGUGGUAUCACAGGAAUGGGCCCCUAUCAACAGGCCAUCUCUUGUGACACACACGGGCGUUGGGCGCAUCUUGCGGAUGCAUUUUGGCACCAUCCUCACGGAGCGGGCAGGGAUCGGGAUCAGCUGGGACAAUGAGGCGCCUCCCAUUUACCAAGAUGUGCCUCCCAGCCCCCCUGCUUAUUCCCAGGAGACCAUCUUCGCCGAACAUUCGAUCGCGGAGUUGAUGACGCCACUCGACGGUGCCCAUGGGGGCGGGCUGUCACGUAGUUCCACCGACGUGGCUACCGCUGGCGGUUCAGGAGCAGGCGCUAGAGGGGCGUGA